AUGACGUCAUUUGUUUUGGAGUAACGGGAAUUCCGUGUUUUUACAGUUUUUAACAAAAACUAUCAAAAAUGACUUUGCAGGAAGGAGAAAACCGAGAGGACAGCCAGGAAGAAAUUGAAAUUUUGCUUCCAAAUACGACCAUAGUUACACAUUGCAUUUUGAAAGAUGAUAUUCCACGAUUGACAAAAUCAUUUGAAGAUGACAGUGAUCCAUUCAAAGAAACAAUUGCAGAGUUAUUAAAUCAGAGAGACAGUGACGGCAAGUCCCCGUUAGAUAUUGCUUCAACUCUUGGAAGGACUGACAUGGUCAGAGAAUUGUUGCAAAGGGGAGCAGAUGUUAAUUUAGUCACUUCUAAAGGAUUCUGUGCAUUACAUCAUGCUGCAGCCUGGGGUAAACUAGACGUCAUCAAAGUUCUUGUAGAAUUUCAUUGUAACCUUCAGCAGAGAAAUGUGCAUGGUGAACGAGCACGUGAGACAGCUGUAAGAUAUACCCAUACUGAAUGUGUUGAUUAUCUCGACUGGGCUGAAGCCAAAGUUGCUCUGUUGGAUUUAGCAAAGCAGACACAAGAAACAGUACAAGAUCCUGAGAAGGUCCAGGGCAGACUUACUAAAGAAGACAAGACCAUUUCUUUGAGUAGUUGUAAAGAGAAAGUAGAAUGGGUUGAGAGCAAUCCAGGGGCCACAACUCAAGAGUUUAUUGAACAAAAAGAACUGCUUGAGGAAAUCCUUGGACCAAUCAUGUUGAAACUUAGUGAGCCUCGAGAAGAUGUACCCCAGAAAAACCAGAAAAAAAAUAAGUGAAGAAAGAUAAUGAACAAUUCAGAAGUUGAACUGUCUGUGAUAACAAUAAAAUGUAUAGUAUUUGGACACUUUAAAACAUAUUAUCUAUACAUAUUUUGUGUCUCACCUCACCUAAAUUUUGUUAGAAAUAAAGAUUUAAAAAAUG